CCCCGUUCACAGCAAUUAUGAAGCUGGGUUGUUCUCGGCCUCUUCUUUCUGGCCAUAUUUUUCUUUGCCUUACGGCGAUUUGGGUGCUGGCCACUGCCAAUGUAUCGGCCGGCCAGCGUCUCGGCUGCCCAACCAAGUGCGGCGACGUGGACAUCCCGUUCCCGUUCGGCAUCGGCGAUGACUGCUCGUUUCACCCCGGCUUUACCCUCAGCUGCAAUACCACCGGGGGCGUCGCCAUGAAGCCCUUUAAGUGGAAUCUCGAGUUGACCAAGAUCUCCGUGGCUGAGGGCAUGGCCUGGGUGAAGGCCCCCACGAUCUCCUCGCAGUGCUAUGUCCCAUCCACAGGCACCAUGGAGAUCAAUAAUGGUUGGCUGGACCUCACCGGCUCGCCUUUCUGGAUAUCUGAAGUGAAUAACACAAUUAUCGUCGUCGGGUGCAAUACUCUUGCUUAUAUGAUGAGUUCCUCUUAUGUAAUAGGUUGCUUUGCGACGUGCGCCAACAACGUCACCCUCGAGAAUGGCUUAUGUUCUGGUGCCGGCUGCUGCGAGGCCGAUGUCCCGAAAGACAUUACUCGGUAUUAUAGUGGCUAUUUCAACCAAAACUACAACACCACCGAAAUAUGGCAAGAUAGUCCUUGCAGCUACGUGGUAGUAAUGGAAAAAGAUAAAUUCAGUUUCAACACCAGCUAUGUCAAUUCGACGGUGUUUAUUGAUACAUACAAGGGUGGAGUUCCAGUGGUCCUGAACUGGAGAGCACAGCCGUUGACUUGCGAGGUAGCUAAGAAGAACACGAGCUCCUACGCAUGUGUCAGCGGUUAUAGCGAAUGCGUUGAUACCACCCGCGGCAAGGAGACAGGUUACCGCUGCAUUUGCUCCGAUGGGUACCAAGGCAACCCUUACGAAAAGGAUGGAUGCACAGAUAUUGAUGAAUGCAGCGAAAAUGCUAAUCGUUGCGGCCAUAACAUGAUCUGCGAGAACACGCGGGGGAAUUUCAGCUGCUCGUGCAGCCCAGGAUAUUAUAUGACGAAUGGCGCUUGCGUGCCAAUUCAAACGCGUUCCGGUUCCGGUUUCCAGCCCAUGCCCGUUGUUGGUGCAAGUAUUGGGCUUGUUGUCCUUGUGAUAUUUGUAGCAUGUGCAUGCUUGGUCCAAGAGAAAAGGAAGCUACGGAAAAUGAAACAGAGUUACUUUCGGCAGCAUGGAGGUCUGAUAUUAUUUAACGAGAUGAAGUCAAAAGAGGGCAACGCAUUCAAAAUCUUCCACGAGGAAGAAUUGCAGCAGGCGACGGACAACUUUAGUGAAAAACAAGUUCUGGGUCACGGAGGACAUGGAACCGUGUACAAGGGAAUUCUCAAGGGUGACGUGGAAGUAGCUGUCAAGAAAUGCAAGACGAUCGACGAGCAACACAAGAAAGAGUUCGGUAAGGAGAUGGCAAUCCUAUCCCAAAUCAACCACAGAAACAUUGUGAAGCUCCUUGGUUGCUGCCUCGAAGUGGAAGUCCCCAUGCUGGUGUACGAGUUCGUCCCGAAUGGUACGCUCUUCCAUCUCAUCCACGGGAACCAUGGACGGUAUAUCUCCUUGGCUACUCGCUUAGGGAUCGCCAUCGAGUCUGCAGAUGCGCUCACCUACCUUCACUCGUCGGCUUCAACACCGAUCCUACAUGGAGACGUCAAGUCCCCCAACAUCCUCCUCGAUGGCAACCUUAGCGCUAAAGUCUCUGACUUUGGCGCCUCCAUCCUGGCACCAACUGAUGAGUCACAGUUCGUCACACUUGUACAAGGGACAUGUGGUUAUCUCGACCCAGAGUACAUGCAAACAUGCUAUUUGACAGACAAGAGCGACGUGUACAGUUUUGGGGUUGUUCUUGUUGAGCUUCUCACAGGGAGAAUACCGUUCAAUCUUGAUGCCCCAGAGAAAGAAAAGAGUCUAGCAAUGAUGUUUAUGUCUGCAAUGAAGGAGAAUAGGCUGGCUAACAUAUUAGAUGAUCAGGUCAAAGGUGAAGACAACAUGGAGAUCCUUGAAGAGAUCGCAGAGAUAGCAAAGCACUGCCUGGAUAUGUGUGGUGAUAACAGGCCCUCAAUGAAGGAGGUUACAGAGAAGCUUGAUGCACUGAUGAAGGUGAUGCAGCAUCCAUGGGCGCAAGAGAACCCCGAAGAGAUGGAAGGCUUGCUUUCCGAGCCCAUGGCCAGCUCGACAAUCGCCAGUGCUGAAUAUUUCAGCAUUGAGAAGAAAGCUAUGAAUGCUAUGCAAUCUGGUCGUUAAGUAACCAUGUUAUACAUUGUUGUAUUUAUUCUUCUUU